AUGGCUGCUUCUAAUGGAGACUGGAGAUGGCAAGAGUUUGAUUAUCUUCUACCCCUGGAUGUUAUCCUUCGAAUUACAGUAAUUAAAACUCCAGAAAACAGACUGUCGUGUGACACAAUUGGAUGGCGAUGUAACAUAAAUAGAACAUUUUCAGUUAAACCCGCUUACAAGCUGAAUGUAGGAAGUGAGUCGGAGAUUCGCAAUCCUCUGUGGAAUGCUAAUCAACGGUUCAGAGCCUGUGACACUGCAAAUAAAGAUGUUGGGCACGUUCUCAAAUGGUGUCCUCUAGCGUUGCAGAACCAGCCUGCCAACAACGAUAGGAUUAUUACAUGUAGCAGGCGCUUGGUGGAGCUAUCAGUCAAGGCAAAUAGUGAGGAAAAUGUGGUGCAUAGUCGGGUUAUCGCUUCUGUUGAUAUGAAUAUACGAUGGAAUCCCCCAACAUUGUAUUGGAUUAAGAUAAAUAUGGAUGGAGCUCGAUGCUCAGCUACGGGUCAUGCGUCUUGCGCUGGCGUUGCUCGGAACGACAAUGGUGAUUGGUGCUUUGGUUUCAACAAAUUCAUAGGAAUUUGUUCGAUUUUGGAUGUUGAACUUUGGGCUGCUUAUUAUGGUCUCCGUUUGGCCUGGGCAGCGGGGUAUCAUCACAUUAUUCUCGAGCUUGAUAGUAUGAGUGCGAUUCGAGUGAUAAAAUAUGAUCAACGAAAUAAGCAUUCACUUCGGUGGCACUUGGAGGAACUUUGGAAUCGAGAUUGGACUAUUCAAAUUGAACAUAAUCGGAGGGAAGGGAACAAAAUAGUCGAUGCUUUAGCCAAAAAAAAAGACCGUUUCAGAUAA